GCCGCAUACGGCGUUUCUAUCGGAACGAGAAGCAGAAGCUGUCGCACACGCCGAAUUAUGUUCUCCUGACGCGGCGCGACCGUCCACCGUCGCCUAGGGUAUCAUUGCCGCGUUUCUCGUGUCACGACAGUUCGUGUUACGCAGCCCCGUCCGCUGUCAGAAUGCGUGACUGAAAUCGAUUCGGAUUCUUCGGCGAAAGAACUGCUGCGGCGUUUGUUUCGCCGCACGCCGGGAACUUCGCCAGCAAAGGAAGACGUUACGGCGAGGGUGAUUGUCUUCGCGCAUCUUGCCGUUCAGUUCAUUGACACUGUGCGACUCCGAUGUCCGCGAGGACCUGUUCUAACGCGCAUAUAUUCUCCGCGUUGUCCACUUAGGCGCCCACUUUCGCUUCGGCGCCGGUACUUUUCGCGGAAAAGAUAUCUACAAUCGAUCAUGGAUGACGUGCCGAGGUUUACGGUAACGGACUACAGCGUGAUGUGCCUGAUGCUGUGUGUGUCUUCGGGCAUAGGCAUCUACUUCGCCUGGCGCGACCGGCGUGAUGUGUCGAACAAAGCGUUUCUGAUGGGCAACCGAGAGUUGGGAGUGUUCCCCGUGGCCAUGUCGUUGAUGGCGAGCUUCCAGUCGGCGACCACUGUGCUAGGCUAUCCCGCCGAAAUGUACUACAAGGGGACGCAGUUUUGGGUGGCCGUCUUCGGUCUGGCCAUCUCCAACGUGAUUGCCGCCGAACUGAUCCUGCCCGUGCUGUACAAUCUGCAUAUGACCAGCGUCAACUCGUACCUGGAGAGGCGCUUUUGCUCGGCAGCUGUGAGGACGGUAGGGUCACUAUCCUUCAUAACAAAUACGCUAUUAUACAUGGGAGUCGUUCUAUACGGGCCCUCAGUCGCGUUAGAAUCAGUGACGGGCCUACCUGUAUGGGCAUCUAUUCUAUUCAUCGGAUUGAUUUGCACUUUUUAUACUGUGCUGGGUGGCAUGAAGGCGGUCGUGUGGACGGACGUAUUCCAGAUGAGCGUCAUGGUUCUGGGACUGGCCUUUGUCGUGGUCCUGGGCGUUAUGAAGGUCGGAAGCCCAGAGAAGGUGUGGACGACAGCCAAGGAAGGCGGCCGCAUACAAUUUUUAAAUACGCAGGUGGACACCCAGUCGUCGGUGUCGCUGUGGAACGUGCUGCUUGGGACCACGUUUAUCUGGCUCGCCUCCUACGGCACCAGUCAGACGCAGGUGCAGCGCUUCUGUAGCGUAUCCACGCUCAGAGAAGCCAAGACAGCGCUGUACGUAAACAUUCCGGGUGUGAUGAUAAACAUCAGCUUGGGUUGCGUCGCCGGCCUCGUGAUCUAUGCAAACUAUCCAAACUGUGAUCCCCUCAAGUCGGGCAAGAUAUCCAAACAGGACCAGCUUAUCCCGUUUUUUGUUAUGGAGACGCUGAGUGUAGUGCCUGGCCUUCCUGGCCUCUUCGUGGCCUGCGUAUUCAGCGGAGCGCUGAGUACGCUAUCAUCGGGCUUCAAUUCGCUGGCGGCGGUCACGUGGGAAGACUUCAUAAAGAAGUGGUGGCACGCCAGUGAGAAGAAAGCGGCCUACGUCACCAAGGCCGUCGCUUCUGCUUACGGGCUCCUCACAAUCGGGCUGGCGUUCCUGGCUGGAAGCAUUGGUUCUAUACUCAAGGCUGCCUUCGCUAUGUCUGGAGCCCUGUCGGGACCGCUCCUGGGUGUCUUCCUGCUUGGUAUGGUGCUGCCUUCCUGCAAUGGGAAAGGUGCCCUGUGUGGCCUGCUGCUCGGUCAGAUGCUCUGCUUGUGGGUGGUCGUGGGUUCGCUGUCCAGCGUGCCCUUGAAUGAGGACCUGCCUACGUCGACCUCCGGCUGUGAGCAAUACGACAACACUACGAUGCACGACUUCUAUAGCGACGAGUCUUCCGUGGACAGCGUCGCAUCGGAUCGCCCAAAGGGUAUCCAGCUUUUCUACCGACUAUCGCAUCUGCUGGUGCCCGUGCUGGGGUUCGUGGUGACCGUCUUCACGAGCACCGUGGUCAGCCUAUUCACAGGAAUGAAUGAAGGAAAAGUGCAAGACCCGGAGCUUUUCACACAAUGCGUGGCGAAGCGCUUCAUCCCACCUGAUGACAAAGAGGCUGCAAAAUCGAUGGUCGCCGUGGACGGGCGGAACGACCUGAGCAUCCGGGACCAACCGGAAAUCAGCAUAUCGCACGCGUCCAAAGAUCGCAUCAGCACUAACUUGUAACGAUUGCCUUUUCGCGUAGCUUAUACAGUAGUGCCAAGACAUAUUUCAUUCCUUCUUCACAUACGCGCGGGCAUUUUUGUCGGAGGAGCGAACGAUUCUCAUCGCUCUGUGUAAACAGUGCAGGCUGCUAUUGGUGCGACUCCUCUGGACCAAGCUGUGAUUUUCAUAGCGAGACUUUCUUAUCGAUAUUUUUUUGUUCUUUCUCGUUGGCUGCUGUACUUUUCGCGUAUUAUGGACCGAUAUAUAGUUCCUCAAUUCAACAAGCCAUCUACUCAUCACUGCUGUGCAGUUGCUAUGGGAAAUUACGAUGUGCUGGGUCUUUGUGAGAUGUUUGUUUGUUAGAGCACGUUCGAGAUGUCAGUGUGCGCAGUACGACUGCGAUUUUGGCAGUUUCUUGCUCCCCUGUGUCCGUUUUUUUUCUAAGUUUUUUUAUGUGAUGCAGUAACUCAUCUUGUGAUUAACGUGACCCCCACGAAAGAAAAACAAAACAAGAAAAAAAAAACCCAACAUGGUUGAUCUCUCCGUCACAUGAAAUGGUAUAACACGAACGUAAAAUGUAUCUUACAGAAGUGGCUGAAUGUUUUUUGCACAUUGAUGUUAGAGAGCUCGCUAAGUGUCUAUUGGCGUUAUAUCACCGUUUAACCUGGAUGCAUUCAUGUUGAUGUUUGGUGGUGCAUCUCCAUCUCAACGGCUGACAUCUGUGGUCAAUUAUUAAACAAACCUUUGGGGUAGCUGUAGCAGUUAACGGUAGAGCAUAAUCAGAGGAAGCGGUGCAUCAGCCAGAAUGUCUCUGGCCGCCAUACCGCGGCAUUUUAAAGAGUUUUUGAACACAAUGAGUGGAGUAAAAGAAAACGCAGCGCGCGUCACGUUCUAGCCUGGCCGCGAUUGUUCGCGUUGCGAGCGUUAGCGGAGAACGUGGUAUUACAGCAAGGCAGGCGUGUGUCGCAGACCUUUCUUUAAUAUGCAUGACUGUUAUCAGUGAGGCUGAAGCUUGGGCUAAUUUUGUAAACUCGCCGAAGAGGACGCACGCGUAGCGACGACGCUUUGCAGGAACUAAUUGCGGAAGCUACAAUAAUGAUUCAUUACUUCACUUAACCGCUCCCAGGUGGUGACACCGACCUGCCCACCAGAAGCACCAUGAGAAAAAAAACUGUGGCGUACAAAAAGGCACUUUUCUAAAGCUACCAGAGAGUUUAACCGUGACGCAGUGGAUAGCAAGCUCGGCGUCUGUUGUCGCAGACCGAGAGGUUGAUGGUUCUAUUCCCGAUAACAGAAUUUUUUUUACUAAGUUUUUUUUGUAGUCUUAUGAUGUGCAUUUUACGUCAUUUCCAUGACGGAAAUAUAUCACUGAAGUCUUGGUGGACCCCGGCACUAAAUACUUUCGUGUUAAAAAGGACAACAGAGCAAACAAAAUGCACAGGACAAGCCCAAACAUUGAUUCUUCUAAUAACAGAUGUUCGCUACAUAUUGUCAAUGCCAGUACUCAGCACUUCGUUUUCUGUGAUGCACUUUUUUUUCCGGUUCUGCGCGAAUCACAAGAUGAAUACAUGGUAACUCGCUCAGUUAUCUGGGCUAAUGCAACUGCCAGUGCCUAGCAUUAAACACAUUUCGCAGCUAUUUUUCUCCCUACCUCCCUCCAUUGGGUACUUACGAUCAAUCGUUCUUGAAUGGCAUUAAGGAACUCUCAAGUUUUCUCAUACACAUGCGCAUUCAGCAUAUCGGGGCACACAAAUGAAAAAAAUAAUAUUGUGGUUUCGUAGCAGAACGUUAGGCGAGCAUUGAGUGCAUGACUUUGUAUCUUAGAAAGCCAUGGUAUUGGCGACAAAGAUGAAGUGGGUUGGUUGAGUCUACAACUUGCAGAUUCAGCGAUCAUCGAGCGACGCUCUACGCGGCUCGUACGACGCAAACUGCCAAAAAUUGACUACACAAUGUUUGUCAUUCUAUUGUUUUGUUGGGUGAAUCUGAGAUGCGCAGCCUAUGCUAAGGGUAAAUCCGUUCAGGCAUAGAGAGGAAUGCUUAACGUUGCGUUAUAUUGGUUCAAAAUCUGUUACAGGCUGCUAUACGUUGAACUAGAGGAACCAGGUUGAGUUAGGUCAGAGCCUUAUUUUUGGCAUUGAUUAGGUUGACUUAUCGCAGGUGUACAGUGGAAAGUCAUAACGCAUAGAGAGUCGUCAACAGACUUGGUAGAUCUGUACACCCAGAUUGCAGCAAAAUGCGCAACAUCAUAGACUCAGAGAUCGGGCAUGGCGGGCAAGAGGUCAUGGAGUCUACGGUAAAAUGCGUUCUGUAAUGGCCGACUGUUAUGUUUGGUCCACCUGCACGUACGCAGAAGCGAGUAAUUGUCGGACAGGGGCUUUUAUUUUUUUGUAGUUUGUGUCGUUCAACACAAAAAAAAAGUUGCUGUUUAUAUGGCAGUGGUGAGAUUUUCUCGUGUCAGUAAUGCUGUUCUCAAACGCCUGUUCAUGUACUGUUACUGCAGUACACGCAAUAGUGCGUUAGCACACUUUGCUGAACCUCAAAUGUGUUGCCUCUCUUGAUGAUGUGGUUUGCAAUGGACAUGUACUGCGCAUGUCAGUGCCUGCCAGCGAUUCGCUUAGACUGUGCUACAAGGGACAUGUUCAUGUAUUUUUUUCCUCUUUUUGUUUAAGUGCAGAUGUAUAUCUUUCAAAUAUUUCAUCGCUACUGUAGCAGUGCUUUGACACUUUCUGUGGUGUUCUUACAGCUGCGGUAAACCAACGGGCGUGAACUUUUCGCGCACCAUUAUUGCAGCUGUGUUGUACAUACUAUUUUUCUAUGCGGCGACCAACUCACAUACUUAAUCAAAAAUAAGUAUAAGCAUAAAUUGUUUUGCCUACAUCAUUUACAUUGCUCUUUACGCAACAUCUAUUUCACAUUUUCACGCUACUCACUGAGUGUUUACGAAAGAAGGGAAGAUGCAACAUUCUGUUUUUUUGUUGUUGUUGUUACGAUUGUGGCGUUUGUUCCAUUAACAAGUGAAAGUGAUUCGCACACCGAACUUGUAUACAACUUGAACUGCGCUGUGGGGUUAAAAAGCCCCGCAUGAUCACGAAAGACUCUGGAAACGUUUGCCACUUUUCGCCCACCUGCUGCCCUAAAAAAAAUGAAUAAAUUCUCACCCUUUCGUCGCUGA